AAGGUACACACGACACCGAAGUCGGUUAAACGUGGGCGUAUCGAGUACGAACAAGUACGAACGAUCGGUAGUAGUACUUGGCAAAUAUGGAAUCUGUCUCGCACCUCGUGAAAGUAUCCGUGCCGAAUUACUUGGCAGGAUUACCGAUACCCGAUUCGAUAGGAGGAUGGUUUCGACUGGGACUGAGGGAUUGGAUUUCAUUAGUUCCUCCUACAGCAUUGGUAGCUGGAAUCGGUUAUAUGUCCUACAGAUCGUUCUGUCCCCUGGGUAGACCUGCUCCAAGCACAAAAAUUAAUCCCAAGAUUAAGAAGGAUGUCAAUAAGGUCGUAGACACCCUUGACGUGGAGAAUAUAACAGAAAAGGUCGCAUUCUGUCGGUGCUGGAGAAGCGAAAAUUGGCCCUACUGCGAUGGUGCUCAUGGAAAGCAUAAUCAAGAAACGGGAGAUAAUGUAGGACCAGUCGUCGUAACCAAAAAUAAAUGAAUAAAAAUUGCGUUUCCUUUGGUUGUGUAAUACGAAGAACUUGAACUUGCCUUGUUGGAGCCUUAGAGUUGGAGGGAAUCUAUUACGUAUGUGUUGAAUUUUAUUAUUACAUUUGUAUGGGAAUGUGGACUCGGAUGCCAAUUGAGAAUAAUUUACUGUCUCGAACAGGAGAACUUGAUAUUAAAAUAAUAAGCGUCUGUUUUAAUAUAUUGGGUAGAAUAUUUUAUGAAUAGCAAUAUAGAUAAUAAAGAAUAUUUCGGUUACAAAAAUAACCUAGCAUUUUAUUGUUUCAAGUAUGUACACUGCUUUGCUCCGUAUAAUAGAAAGGCAUUAUGAAUGUACAUUAACACGAGUUUCUACUAAUUUCCUUAAGUGAUUACAAAGGUACAAGUUUCCUUUCUUGGCUAUUAUAAGCGAAGUAUUUUGAUUCAGUAAGGCAUGUAAUGAUAAAUUUACGAGAAGGCACUAAUUAUGUUCUGAUAACAUUAAUUCGAUUCUGAUGCACGGUCUUAUUACUACCAUAUAAUACCACUUGCACAAUACAGUCGCACUUAUAUUAUACUAUACAAGUAAAUCUUAAUGACAGAGUCAGUCAGCUCUUAAUAAAGAAGUGAGUCGCUUAACGCAA